AUGAGCGCCGACGGAGAGGACAACACUGGCUUCGACGUCUCCGGAGGUCUAGGUCCCUCCUCCUCCUCCUCGUCGUCUUCCUCCUCGAAGUUCGAGCGCCACGACGGCAAGGGCGAGAGCGCCUCGGGGGUCAAGGGCGGCCCCGUCACCAUCUACCUUGGAGGGCGAGCCGACUCUGACCCGCUGCCAGUUGCUGCAGAGACACCUGCAGGAGAGCAACUCGCAGAAUGCUAUACCGCUGGCCGCCGCCACCUCCAGGAGGAGCACGAGUACCAGGAGCAGGACCUCGAGCAGGAGGACGCCCCCAAGUGCUGGUGCGUCGACGAGACAGGACGCAAGACGCAGCCCACCGUCUACUUCACCAAGGGCGAGAGGGAGUGCGACCUCGUCGCGGUGGAAUCAGUGGUAGUAACGCUCGGGUUCAGGGGUCGCGAGGCCGGCAUGAAGCACCUCGGGAAGGCCAAGGGACCUCAGAUUCGGGAGCAGGUGAACCACCUUCUGAAGGCGAUGACCGCAGAGACCCUGGAAAACGAAGUCGGCGUCGUUGACCUCCCUGAUCUCACUCAAGUCAAGUUCACGUUGCUCGGGGAAAACAAGAUCGACAUUGCUUACCAGUUGGAGGAGAAGGUGAAGAACGGCGACCUGGCCCUGCAGCUGGAUGAGAAGCGCCUGCCAGCCGACCUGCGCGCUUCCUGGUUCCACCACCAGGUCUCAGAGCACCGCUGGGAGGCGCCCCUGGAGGUGCGGUCGGGCGCGAGAGAGGUCGUGAGCGAGGCCAUGGCGCUGGAGCCGCCAUACCUCGCCGCCACAGUUAUCUUCACCGUCAUCUCGGCUAUGCUGGUGUGCGGCCUGGUGGUGGCGGUGGUGCUGUACCGCAGACACAAGACGGGACAGUACCCCAAGGGACCCCGCGGCUCCAUGCAGUCCCUGGCCUUCAGCGACUCGUCCCUCGACCGGCGCAGUACCUCGUCCAGGCUCUCGGACCAGUUCCAGCCGCCGCCCCCUCCUCGGCGACACCCCACCAUCACCACGGUGGAAAACGAGUACCGAAAUGGCCGACACUAAAUGAUAAAUAUAGGGGAGAAGCAAGCCAAGAAGGAAGGAAGGAAAUGUGAAUUGUAUUUGGGUAAUGAAGGAUGAAAGAAGAGGAAUAGAGAGAGGAAGAGGAACGGUUUGAACCUGUGAUCCGUGUCCUCCCGUCACAGUGGGGAUGUUUUCUCCAAGUUUCGUUUUCAUUUUCACUGUCCAAUAUUAAACAUAGAUGUAUUUGCACGCCCCAUGCCCAAUGCGACGUAGAAUUUAAUUUUAUAAUCUACUCUAAAUCCAGGCUACACAGGAGGGUAUUCUUCUCUUCAAUUUCUGAUGGUAUUUGUGGAUUGUAUUGGCCAUGGGUCGUUGCAUGGAACUUUCCCAUUCCUACGUCAAGUGUCAGGCAUAUCAACAGUUAACAAACACAAGAAGUGAAUAUACGUGCAGCGUGAUCCAGUCUCACGAGGAACAGGUGGAAAGCAAACUAAGGGCUGAUUUGAUUUUUUUUCCGUAAAACAUUCUAAGAUCCUUUUCUCAACUUCGGUUUGACGAAGUUCAUGCACGAUCUUGUAGGAGAUAAUAAGUUAAAAUUGUGUUUUGAUUUUCUAAAAUGGUGAUAUUUCUUCGAUAGGCAAAAAUAAAUGGGUGGUAACAAGAGGUAACUUCAAGAUUUAUUUCGUGGACGACGUUAAACAGCAAUAAUAAGCAACCUAAAAGAAGUCUAGUGUUUUGACAGUAUCGAAUAGACUGCUAUUUCGUUGGCAUGAUGUGUUAUAACAAGACCAGUAUUUUUGUAUGUCCGAACUCUUCAAUGGAAGCGAAUGAAAUUUGUACUUGCCAACAAAGUAGCCGCGUUUAUUUGUUUUCAUAGAGUAACACAUGAUGUGAGACAUGUUUCUUGUUACAUACUGUUUUAAUUUUCGUACGAUAUAAGGUUCUUUCAAGUGUGAUGUUGACAAAAAGGUUCUUUAUACGGCGAUGUCAGUGGCUAAUUGAAUGUGAUAACUCCUUUGACUUUUUAAAAAUAAAUCGUCGCUCAUUACCUAUCACGGCGACAGAAGACGAAGGCGACGCUGAAAUUUCCCUGUGCUCAAAGAUCCUUGCGUUACCGUUAAUGCCUGAGUGGAAACACCGUCUUUUGGGAAUCUUUUUCAUUUAUUCGAUUUCUUACCCUGAUUUCGUUCCUUUUCCCCAUCGGAAUGACUUACUAUAUCCACAACCACACAAAAAACCUCCCUAGUAUGUUUUUUUUUACAUUUUUAUUUCGAAGUUGCAAUAAUGGCGUUAUUGCCUGUCUAUAACCGAAGGAUUUAGAGGUAAGCGUACUAUUUUCUGUGAUGUCGACAGGGGCCUCGACAGUGAGUUAAAGAAAACCCAAGAUUUGUAUGAAUGCAUCUCGUGUCCCCCCCCACCUCCUGGGAUUCCUUUGGUUGCCCGAGGAAGCUUUAAGGGGUUGGAGUCGUCGAUGGAAAUCCCUUCAUUCCGUUUAAAGUCGGGGAUUUUCGGGUGUUGAUGACAGAUUCCUAGAGGAGGAUUAAUGCCACUGGAAGCACCAGUAUUGUGUUCAGGUCGCUAUCACGGGAUAUGAGAUGCUUAUUUUCUCUCACAAACGAGUCUCUGUUGACGAUUUCCUUUCAUAAAAAAAUAAUGAGAAAAAAAAAAUAAAUCCUUCAGAUUAUUUUGUAUCGAGGCCGUAAGUGGACCAACUAAAACAGCUUGGUUCUGGACACACUGCCUCAGCGUGUGUCCUCGGUAUGUUUCUGUGGCAUUUCCGUAUUGCUCGCUUUACGACAUUGUGUAUCUGUUCGUAGAUUUAGGUAUUUUUCUAGCCAUUUUUAAAACCUAGUUACCUUUUAUGGAAGGUUACGAUUAUAAUAAUUAAUAAUAAUAACUAUAAUAAUAAUAACAAGUAUAUGGUUCCGAUAGAAGUUAGAAGAACAAUAGUGUUUUAGCAAUAAUGAAGCCUGUGUAUCAUAGCACAAUCUUUACAUGUACUAUGCACCCACAAUAUUUUAAUAUGUGCUUAAUCGUUUUUCCAGAAGUUUCGUAGGAUUUUACUAUUUGUAGAAGAAUCUGUCGCGUGGACCUUGUUUCACUGCUUUUAGAAGGAUCUUAAUGUGCCCUUUAGACGUCCUCCUAGUUUCCUCACACGAUUUUUGUCCGAAUAAUUUAUAAUCAACUACUACUAGUGUGCUGGUCACAUUUUCAGUUGUCUUUUACUCUUCUUUCUUAUCGCUGUACAUUUUUUUUUGGAAAUCUUUAAUUGGAUUUUUAUUUUGCUCAUAUUUAUAUUAUUCUUUUUUUAAGUCAGUUUAAUCUUAAGAGAGAGAACAUUCAGUUCCUUUUGGGCGAGUCACACAAGGGAAAGUUUCAAGCCAGAGUCUGAGACGUGGAUAUGGAAUCCUCCUCUUUUUUGAGAUUCUAAUCUUCCUCUCAACGAUGACAAGCCUCCCCUAUUGCGCGACUGAGAUAUUCCCCUGCUUUUCAUGGCUCAAGGAAAAAAAAAAUUGUCUACCCUCAAGUGUGCCGAAUCAACUCGGGUUGAAUCUGCAUUAUCUUGCUCUGACAAAUCAUAUCAAACCGGACUUGGGGCAUUUCUCCCCCUCCCCUCACAUUUUCUUUCCCUCUAUUUCUCUUCUCUCCCUUCUUUUUAAGGUGUUUUAGACAAGUCUUCCUUCUGCCCUUUCUCUUAAGCUUGUAGUCUCCAGGAUGUAGCGCUUUUAAGGGAUAACUCACAACACUUGACUUUAUAAAUACCAACAGGAAAUGAAUGCAUCUCGCUGUAUAUUUGUAAAUAGGGUGACUGCUUUUGAAUCAUGUUCCACUGUGUAUCACUUGUGUAACAACGCCCUUCAUACUAGGCGUUACUUUGUAUUAUAUGCCUAAGUUAUGUUAAAUAAAUCUACGCCAAACAGG